UUGUUCCGUUUUGGGGAAUAAAUAACAAUAACACGCUCUUUUUUAUCGUCACUGCUCACUGCCAGUGGUCACGCAUACACACUCCUUCUCAAUUCUCUCUUUUCUUCUCAUAUCUUUCUUUCUAAAACACAAUGGAGGAAGUCUUUCUUUCUCUCUCUUUUCUCUCCAUCCCAUAGAACUUCCCUCAUCCAACAUGGCUAAUCACCACCACCAUCAUCAUCAUGCUCACGACACCAACCUCAAAUCCCUUCUCGACACCCUAUACUGCUCCGAAGAGCAUUGGGAGGAAGAUGAAUUAGACCAAGCAGAAGAUGAUUACCCAACGGCUAAUAAUGUUGUUAAUAAUAACGCUACCCUUCACUCCCCUCACGCGUUGUUGUUCGAAAGCGACAUGUUUUGUGACGAACAGGAGUUGACAUCGCUGCUGGGGAAAGAAAAACACAACCCUCUAACCACUUUCCUCCUAAGCAACCCUGCGCUGGAGUGUGCUCACAGGGAAGGCGUGGAGUGGAUGCUCAGAGUGAACGCUCACUACUCCUUCUCUGCUCUCACAGCUCUUCUUGCCGUCAACUACUUUGACCGCUUCCUCUCCACCUUCCGCUUUCAGGAUGGCAAGCCGUGGAUGACACAUCUCGCAGCCGUCGCUUGCCUCUCCCUCGCUGCCAAAGUGGAGGAGACACAAGUUCCCCUUCUCCUAGACCUUCAGGUGGAAGAGGGUAGAUACUUGUUCGAAGCCAAAACGAUUAAAAGGAUGGAGAUUUUGGUCCUUUCCACUCUUGGAUGGAAGAUGAACCCGCCAACCCCUCUCUCCUUUCUUGAUUACAUCACAAGAAGACUUGGAUUGAAGGAUAAUCACUGCUGGGACUUCCUUAGGAAGUGCGAAGGCGUUCUUGUCUCUGUCCUCGGAGAUUGGAGAUUAAUGGGUUAUCUACCGUCAGAACUGGCAAGUGCGACGAUGAUACACGUAGUGAAAAGCGUGGAGCCUUGUCUAGAAGGCGAAUACCAGAGACAACUCUUGGGUAUUCUGGGAUUCGACAAGGAGAAGGUGAAUGAGUGUCGGAAAAUGUUGGAAUUGUGGUCAGGGUACGAGAAGCAGGGGAAAGAAUGCAUGAAACGGAAAUUUGGAAGCGUUCCGGGAAGUCCAAACGGCGUGAUGGAGAUGUCGUUUAGCUGUGAUAGCUCGAAUGAGGCGUGGACAGUAGUUGCUGGUGCUUCGGUGUGUUGUUCGGCGGAAGGUUUAUGGAAGAAGAGUAGAAGUGAAGUAAAGCGAUAAAGGAAAAUGUUGUGGGCAGCCAUUAAUUUCAACUACCCUCUCACUCCUAAUGGAAACAUAUAUAGUCUUUCCCUGCUUUAAUAACUGCGUAUCUUUCUCUUUCUCUUUUUGACCACCAAGUUAAAUUGCCAACCAUCUCUGCCUCGCACUACUUCCAUUCACCCCCUCAUUUACUAAUCCAAUUAUAGAUUUAGACCUUCCUCUUCCUGUCUAGGACUGCAACCAGAUAUUGUUGGCAUUUUAUGAAGAACAAUUUUAUAUAUAAUUAAUUACUAUUAAUAAUAUACUAAACAAAAACACCACCUUAAUGGGCACAAGUGUAUUUUUUUUUUUCUAUUAUCUUUUUCCUUUCAAGCGAUCAGAUAUUACAAUUAUUAAUUUCAUGUUCAAUCCAGCAAUAAUAAAAAAGCAUUUUGUUUUACUUUUGAAGAGUGUCGGCCAGCGGCAGAUAUGAGGGAGUGAGUGAUUAUUAUUUAUUUGUUGGGGGUGUUGUGUUGACCUCUUUGGGUUGAGCUGGGCUUCCGUUUGUAUAGCAAUUAUGGUAAAAAGUAAUCAUACAAUGAGCCAUCCAGCUGUAACACCAUCCUUUUAUGUUUCUAUCGCUUUCCUUUUAAGUUUUUUAAUGCUUCUUCAUUUAUUCUCAAUUUUCAAAAUUUUCUCCUUUCCUUCUGUCUUUUUGUCAUCGCAAAAAGCCAAAGCGGACCCUUCUCUUCCCCAUCUUCGACCUUCAUCUUCUUCUGC